AUGGAAAUGGAAAUGGAAAUGGAAAUGGAAAUGGAAAUGGAAAUGGGAAAUGGAAAUGGAAAUGGAAAUGGAAAUGGAAAUGGAAAUGGAAAUGGAAAUGGAAAUGGAAUGGAAAUGGAAAUGGAAAUGGAAAUGGAAAUGGAAAUGGAAAUGGAAAUGGAAAUGGAAUGGAAUGAAAAAGAGUGGGAAGGGGAAAGGGAAAGGAGGGAGGGGAACGGAAGGAGGGUAGAUAGUUUAGGUGCGAUAUAA